UUGAGGACGAUUUUCUCGGGAAAGAGAGGUAGAAAAAAGGGAAGAUGGGCAGCGGGAGUCGAGCGCUCCUGUGCAUAUCAUUUGUGCCCUCACUCGCUUCUUCCUCUUCCACUCAUCUCUUCCCAUUCAGUUUUUUCAAAUCUUCUUCUUCUUCUUCCACUGCAACAGCUCGGGUUUCCGGAAUGGCCUCGGAACCUCCGCCGCCGUCGUCCUCGUCAUCACAGCCGCCGCCGCCGCCCUCAGCCUCUGCUAAUGGCGGCGAUGCGUCCUUCGUGCCCGCUUCUUCGGCCAUCGACUUCCUCUCCCUCUGCCACCGUCUCAAGACAACAAAGAGAGCGGGAUGGGUGAAAAGGGAUGUUCGGAAUCCUGAGUCCAUAGCUGAUCACAUGUACCGAAUGGGGUUGAUGGCUCUCAUUUCUUCUGACCUUCCGGGGGUCGAUCGAGACAAGUGUAUAAAAAUGGCCAUUGUACAUGAUAUUGCCGAAGCCAUUGUCGGAGACAUUACCCCUUCAGAUGGGGUACCAAAACAAGAGAAGAGUCGCCGUGAGCAGGAAGCAAUAGACUACAUGAGUAAAUUACUUGGUGGAGGUCAGAGAGCGCAGGAAAUAGGUCAGUUGUGGAUGGAGUAUGAAGAAAAUUUGUCCCUAGAAGCUAAGGUUGUGAAGGACUUUGACAAGGUGGAAAUGAUACUUCAAGCCUUGGAAUAUGAAACUGAGCAAGGAAAAAAUCUGGAAGAAUUUUUUCAGUCAACUGCUGGGAAGUUUCAGACUGAACUGGGCAAGGCUUGGGCCUCUGAAAUUGCAUCAAGAAGAAGAGCUCAGAGUUAAUUUCUACCUGAAAAUUGCAACAGUUUUCGGUGAAUACUUGCCGUCUUCUCUUUUUAACUGGAUUUUGUAUUCAAUGCAAAUAGACUUGUCACUAGCCACUAGAAAAUGCUUCAUCUUGUUGGGCAUUCUAAUAUGUCACUGGGCAGUUGCAAUGCUCCUAAUCCUCCAUUUGUAACUAUAAAUUGCUGGCAGUUUAAAAAAUUGGAUGAUUACACAGAA